AUGGGCGCUACAGGUUCGUGUUCCAGUGCCACCAUUUUUCCAUUCCCACUCGUUCCUAUUUUACCAAUGCCUCGAAUGUUUUCGCUGACAUGCGGCCGUCGCGUGUCCAUUAUAGAUCCCGAGGACAAAGGCGAAAGCCAGAUCCAGAUGUCUUCGUCGGAUCUCCCUCCGCUGACGACCACGACGGAGCGCAAGCUCAUGGCCAAGGUCGACUGGCAUGUUAUUCCGUGUUUAUGUGUGAUGUACCUGUUGGCGUUUUUGGAUCGUGUCAAUAUCAGUAAUGCGGCGGUUCUUGGACUCAAGGAAGAUCUGGGUAUCUUGCAUGGGACUAAAUACAACACCGCAUUGACCAUUUUCUUCGUUCCGUAUAUCAUCUUCGAGAUUCCGUCCAAUCUCCUGCUCAAGAAAUUGAAGCCGCACGUUUGGUUGUCGCUAUGCAUGUUUGGUUUUGGCAUUGUUAUGCUUUGCCAGGGUUUUGUGAAGAACUGGGGUGGUUUGAUGGCUACUCGCUGGUUUCUAGGAAUGUUCGAAACUGGCCUCUUCCCCGGAUGUUUCUAUCUGAUGGGAAUGUGGUAUAAGCGCAGCGAAGCGCAAAAGCGAUUCAGUUUUUUCUUCAGCUCCACGACUUUGGCCGGUGCAUUUGGUGGUGUUCUCGCGGCUGGAAUUGGAGAGAUGGACGGGAUCCGUGGGAUUGCGGGUUGGCGAUGGGUUUUCAUCAUCGAAGGUAUUCUCACGGCUGUCGUUGGGUUGAUUUGCUUCUUCGUCGUUCCUGGUUUCCCGGAAGAGGUUAAGUGGCUCAACGAGGAGGAGCGGGAGUUCCUUCGUGCGAAGCUGGCUCAGGAUGUUGGAAAGGCCAACCACGACGCUAAAUUGGGCUGGCGCGAUGUCUUGGAUGUGUUUAAGGACUACAAGAUUAUCAUUGCCGGUUGGAUGUACUUUGGUCAGGUUGUCACAGCCUACGGAUAUGCGUACUUUGCGCCAACUAUUAUCCAGACCUAUGGUUACAGCAGUAUCAAAACGAAUCUGUACUCGAUUCCACCAUGGGCAGUUGCAUUCGUCUUUUCCAUGAUGGUCGCAUACCUCUCCGAUAAAGUAAAGCAUCGGUAUGCUUUCACGAUAGUUCCGAUGCUCAUUGCAAUCGCAGGAUACGGCAUUCUGCUGAAUGUCCAUGGGAAGGAUCAAAAGAACACCCAGUACGGUGCUCUUUUCUUAGUCACAAGCGGCUGUUAUAGCGCAAUGCCAGUCAUCGUAUGUUGGUUUACGAUGAACUUGGGAGGGCAUCGACGACGUGGCGUAGGAUCCGCAUGGCAGAUUGGUUUUGGAAACAUUGGCGGAAUUAUAUCCACUUACUCUUUCCUGGAGAAAGAUGCUCCCCUGUACCGACCAGGGUAUAUCAUUAGUUUAUCCUUCCUCUGUUUCUCUGCUGCCCUGUGUACGUGCUACUUCGCCGCCUGCUGGUGGGAUAACCGCAGGCGUGACCGUGCUCUGGCAAAUGGCACCGCACCUGUGCCAACUGAGGACGAACUGGCUUACAUGGGCGAUAUGGCGCCCAACUACCGCUACCUAUACUAA